CAGAAAACACCACGAUUGAUCGACAGUACUAGUUUUCAUAUAUUAUAUAUUUUUAAUUAUUUUGACUUUUGUAUUUAAUAAAAAACAAUUGUUUUUUAUGUAAUAUUAUGUAAAACAUUUUUAAUUGAUAUAAAUUUUUUGUAUUAAUAUAGUUAUGGCUUUUUCAAGUGAUGAACUAAAUUUUCUCGUCUAUAGAUAUUUACAAGAAUCCGGGUUUCAACAUUCAGCAUAUACUUUUGGUAUUGAGUCUCAUAUAUCUCAAUCUAACAUAAAUGGAGCUUUAGUUCCACCAGCAGCUUUAAUUAGUAUUAUACAGAAAGGUCUUCAUUAUACUGAAGCUGAGAUUUGUGUUGGAGAAGAUGGUUCAGAACAGCGAUUAACUGAAAGUUUGUCAUUAAUUGAUGCUGUAAUGCCAGAAGUUGUUGCUAGUCGACAAAGUCGAAACCAACAAAAACAAGCAGUUGCCAAAAAUGAAACUCAAGAAACAAAUGGAGAAGAAGGUGCUACAACAGUAACUCCCGCAGUGACUAGUACUGAACCUAUGGAGAUGGAUAGUAGCAUUGAAAUUCCAGAUGAAAAAUCAACUGUGCUGACAGGUCAUGAAUCUGAGGUUUUUAUUUGUGCAUGGAACCCUACUACAGAUCUUCUUGCAUCUGGAUCGGGUGAUAGUACAGCACGUAUAUGGGAUAUGACUGAUAACUCAGGAUCAUUAAGUAUAUUGAGACAUUGCAUUCAAAAAGGAGGUACUGAAGUACCUAGUAAUAAAGAUGUUACAUCUCUUGAUUGGAAUUGUGAUGGUACAUUAUUAGCAACUGGUUCAUAUGAUGGUUUUGCUAGAAUUUGGACAAAUAAUGGUAGAUUAUCCAGCACACUAGGUCAACAUAAAGGUCCGAUAUUUGCAUUAAAGUGGAAUAAAAGAGGAAAUUAUAUUCUUAGUGCUGGAGUAGAUAAGACAACAAUUAUUUGGGACGCUGCUUCAGGUCAGUGUAAUCAACAAUUUGCAUUUCAUACUGCUCCAGCUCUUGAUGUAGAUUGGCAAUCAAAUAAUAGUUUUGCUUCAUGUAGUACAGAUCAGUGUAUACAUGUAUGCCGCCUUGGUUUUGAUCGACCAGUCAAAUCUUUUGAAGGACAUACUAAUGAAGUAAAUGCUAUUAAGUGGGAUCCACAAGGAAAUUUACUAGCUUCAUGUUCUGAUGAUAUGACUUUAAAAAUUUGGUCAAUGAAGCAGGAUACUUGUGUUCAUGAUUUGCAAGCUCAUAAUAAAGAAAUAUAUACAAUUAAAUGGAGUCCUACCGGUCCUGGAACUGCCAAUCCAAAUAUGAAUCUUAUUCUUGCAAGUGCAUCAUUUGAUUCAACUGUACGAUUGUGGGAUGUUGAACGAGGAGCAUGUUUACAUACAUUGACAAAGCAUACUGAACCAGUAUACAGUGUAGCAUUUUCUCCAGAUGGCAAAUUUUUAGCAUCUGGAAGUUUUGAUAAAUGUGUUCACAUAUGGUCAACACAGAGUGGUCAAUUAGUUCAUAGUUAUAGAGGAACUGGUGGUAUAUUUGAGGUUUGUUGGAAUUCUAGAGGUGAUAAAGUUGGUGCUAGUGCAUCAGAUGGUAGUGUGUUUGUAUUGGAUCUCCGAAAACUUUAAUUGUAAUUAGUUGUUAGAUAAAUUUAAUUUUUAGUAUUAUUAUUAUUUUGAACGACUAUUAUUUAGUGAUCAAGUGACUACUUCACUUGAGUUAAUUAUUUGUAUUUUUAUAAAAUUCUUGUAUUGUAAAUUGAAAUAUAAAAUGACAAUAUAACUUUUGCAUAUCUUUCUA